UAGAUAUGAUUAUAAAUGAAAAUAAAGUGCGUUUCUAACGUUACAAAUGUCGAAGAAUCCAAUAUCCAUACUGCAAGAAUGGGCCAUGCGCGAAAAGAAGCCUUUUCCACAAUACGUAACCGAAUGUGUCGGUACCCCUCAAAACCCAGAAUUCAAAUGCACUGUAACGUUCAUGGGAUACUCAACAACAGUAGUGGCAUUAAAUAAAAAGAACGCAAAAUCCUAUGCGGCGGUAAAUAUAUUGAAUUACUUGGGGCAAAAUAACAUCGCUCCGAACAUUCUGUUACAUAUAAACCAAUCGUUGAUAUCAUUAGACUCAAAAUGUAUGUUUAACUACAUUAGUCAGUUGAACGAGUUGGCCGGCAAGUGGGGCGUAGAACAGCCCCAAUACAAGGACGGACAACAUGUUCAAGACAGUUUUGCUAUCAAUUGUUAUUUCUUAAAGUUGCGAACAGAAGGUCUUGGAAAAACAAAAAGGGGAGCAAAACAUAAGGCGGCUGAAUUAAUGUGGGAUAAACUUUGGUCGGAAUGCCAGUCUACUUUACCAAGAUUUGAGCAAUUUAAUUUUUCAGCUUUAUAAUUAUAUGCCCCUUAAAUUAAUAUUAUUUUUUUGCUAAUAAAAUCAUUUAUUAAUGGAAA